AACGAUGAAGUGGUCCUUGAGAAUUACCGGCGGACCAAAGCGCGUUAAUCAUGCUGCAGUUGCCGUCGGUCAAAGCAUUUAUUGCUUUGGGGGAUACUGUAAUGGAGAGAAUUUCAAAGACUUCACUCCCAUCGAUGUGCACAUCUUCGAUACUUUGACAUUGAGAUGGAGGAGUCUUCCAGUCGUCGGAAAGAAAGAUCCAUCAGCAGGUCGAGUUCCGUUUCGUCGGUAUGGGCACACGGUCGUGGAACACUUGGGGAAGGUCUACCUAUGGGGUGGAAGAAACGACGAACGGGCGUGCAACGUUCUCUAUUGCUUCGAUACCAAAAGACACUCUUGGAGCAGUCCUGCUGUAUUGGGACAAAUCCCAGGUGCGAGAGAUGGCCAUUCAGCCGCGAUACUCCGUGAUGGCAUGUACAUCUUUGGUGGAUUCGAAGAAGAGUCUCAGACAUUUUCUCGCGAUUUACAUCGCCUGGAUUUGAUGACAUUCACAUGGACGUUGGUAAUGGUUACAACCAAUGGAUCUCCACCGAAAAACCUAGAUUUUCAUUCGUGCACAGCAUUGGGAGACUGCCUUUAUGUGUUUGGAGGCAGAGGAGACAUUGCGGGAGCAACUUACACUGGUCAAGGUAUCUAUGACAAUACCAUGGUAGUCUUCAAUACUGUGUCUAACCAGUGGACCUAUUCCAAGGUCGAAGGUGACGUUCCUCUGGGCAGAAGGAGUCAUUCUGCAUUCGAGCGAAAUGGAUACAUUUACAUAUUUGGAGGCUAUAAUGCAAUCGAGAAGCAACACUUUAACGACCUCCAUCAGUUCGAUCCAGCGCUAAAGAAAUGGAAGAAGCUCACUCCAGGUGGGGAAGGUCCAUGUAGCAGAAGGCGACAAACAUGCUGUGUCAUCGGGAAUCGGAUGUUCCUCCAUGGUGGAACGAUGCCAUUGCCAGGUUUCCCUCCGCCAGGCGAAGAUGAUCCCGACAACCCACCCAAUCUCUUGGAUUUGGAUGAUCUUUUCGUCUUAGAAUUCUCUGAAACGAUGAAGUGGAUCUUGAAGGUAAGCGACGGACCAAAGCGCGUUAAUCACGCUGCAGUUGCUAUCGAUCAAAGCGUUUAUUGCUUCGGCGGUUACUGCACCGGGGAGGAUUUCAAGAACUUCACUCUCAUCGACGUGCACGUCUUCGAUACUUCCACCGCGAAGUGGACGAGUCUUCCAGUCCCCGGGAAGAAAGAUCCAGGAGCAGAUCGAGUUCCGUUUCGCCGGUAUGGGCACACGGUCGUGGAACACUUUGGAAAGGUCUACCUAUGGGGUGGAAGAAACGACGAACGGGCGUGCAACGUUCUCUAUUGCUUCGAUUCCACAACACGCACAUGGAGCCGUCCUGCUGUAUAUGGACAUAUUCCAGGCGCAAGAGAUGGCCAUUCAGUCGCAAUACACCGUGAUGGCAUGUACAUCUUUGGUGGAUUUAUAGAAGAAUCCCAGACUUUUUCUUGCGAAUUACAUCGCCUGGACCUGAUGACCUUCACGUGGACAUUGGUCACAACUACCGGGUCUCCACCAAGAUAUCGAGAUUUUCAUACGUGCACGACCCUGGGAGACAGUUUUUACGUGUUUGGAGGCCGAGGAGAUGAUUCUGGAGCAAAUUUUACGGAUCAAGAGGUCUAUAGCAAUGCCAUAGUUGUCUUCGAUACUAAGUCUAACCAGUGGAUCCAUCCCAACGUUCAAGGCGAUAUUCCUCUGGGCAGAAGGAGCCAUUCUGCCUUUGAAUACAAAGGAUACAUUUAUGUUUUUGGCGGAUAUAAUGGAAUCGUGGAGCAACACUUCAACGACCUCCACCAGUUUGAUCCAUCCCGUAUGGAAUGGAAGAAGCUCACUCCAAUUGGGGAAGGUCCAUGUAGCAGAAGGCGACAAACAUGCUGUGUCACCGGGAAUCGGAUGUUCCUCCAUGGUGGAACGAUGCCAUUGCCAGGUUUCCCCCCACCAGGCGAAGAAGAUGACCCCGACAACCCACCCAAUCUCUUGGAUUUGGAUGAUCUUUUCGUCCUCGAUUUCUCAGAG